GUUGAAAUAAAGAAAGGGAAAGAAUGAGAUUGAGAUUGUUGUUUGUAAAAUCUUCUGUUGGCCUCUCUCUUUAUCUUCAUCGUCAUCUUUCUCUCCUUUUUCUUUCUUCUUUCUUCUUCCCUACUUUUUAUUUCUUUUUUUUUACCAUUUGCUACCUUCAUAAUCGCCCCUCAUCAUCCUCACCAUCGUUUGUUUUACCACCACCACUACCAUCAUCAUAAUCAUCUGAUUCAUUCUUAAACAAUGUUUACUUUAGUGCCGAUCUAGAUGCCAUGAGGGAGUACAAGGUUGUCGUUUUGGGUUCCGGUGGUGUAGGCAAAUCAGCUCUAACGGUGCAAUUUGUUUCCGGAACUUUUAUGGAAAAAUAUGAUCCCACCAUUGAAGACUUUUACCGUAAAGAAAUCGAAGUUGAUGGAGCACCCUGUGUUCUUGAAAUCCUUGAUACAGCUGGAACCGAACAGUUCGCCUCUAUGAGAGACUUAUAUAUCAAAAAUGGCCAAGGGUUUGUGGUUGUUUACUCUAUCACCAGUCACCAGACUUUCCAAGAUGUUAAAACGAUGAAGGAACAAAUAAUCAGAGUAAAAGGAGGCUAUGAAAAGAUACCCAUACUUUUGGUUGGUAACAAGAUUGACCUGGUUCAUCAAAGAGAGGUUUCAACUGUUGAAGGGAUGUCACUGGCUCAGGCCUGGGGUUGUCCUUUCAUGGAAACAUCAGCCAAAAACAAGUGCAAUGUAAAUGAAGUUUUUGCCGAGGCUGUUAGAGAGAUGAGCCUAUCCAACUCUAAAGAUAAAUCUAAUCAUUGCUGUGGUUAUUUGAGAGACUGUGGGUCAUCAUCAUGUUGUACCAUCUCUUGAUAUUCCGUGCAGUUUAACAGCCAUUAGACAAAAGGAUUUUUCAUUUUUUCUAAACAAAACAAAACUAAAAACAAAACCAGGACCUUAAAGAUGUUAUUACCACUCUUCUCUUUUCCCGAUCAACCAAUGGAGAGACAUUUGGAUGGUAAAUCUUAAGGACUGUCUUUCUUCGAGUCUUCUGUCAACUUGAUACUGUCACCGGAAGUCAUGAAACUUUGUCAGAAGUAAACUUUAACUGAAAAGGUUUAUGAUAAACAAAGAAUUACUCUUACACUCUCCUAAGUAAUCUUAUUUUACCGAAACCCCCUUUUUUCUUUUUCUUUCUUUCUCUUAAAUUUUCACUCAAAUACAUCUCCCUUUACUUUCUCUUUAUCAUUUAUCAUCAUCACAUUAUACUUGAAAAAAAAUCUAUCACAUUGGUUAGUACUCUGUCCAAAACAAACAAAAGACACAAAAUCAACAAAACAACAAAAUGAAUCUACCUUUUAAUAGGUGGUGUAAUUUUUAUAUCACUAUCUAUUGGUAUUGACAAAGAUAUCAACAGCUUAGACUGAGAACUUGAGAAAUAUCUGCUUCUAAUUUUCCAUUUUUGCCAAAAUAAACUUCAAAACAAAACAAAUUUGAAAAAUUUAUAUUCGGGAUAGUUUUGUUAUUAAGGUAAUCAUGGAAAAACAAAACUAUCCUGAUCAACUUAGCCUAUUAUCCAUUAUUAUCUGAAAACAUUUAAUUGAUUUUUUAAAUAAGAAAAGUUAAUCUUGUUCUCAAUAUUGUAACAAUCACCAUAACAUUUUUAUCACUCAACUAAUUAAAGUUCUUUUUGUAUUUAUAUAAAUCAUUGUUCAAUUUUGUAGCAUUAUUGCACCUUUGUUCAUUAUCAAUGCCUUGAUAAGAGCAAUCACAUUUCAAUAGUUACCAGUAAAAGUUGUCACCAAAUGA